UUUUCACACACGUAGUAAGUAUUUUCAAUCGUUCUAGCUUUAAUCACAAUGCAUCGUGGUUACGGAAGUCGUGAUUCCUACACCAGGAGGGAUGACUAUGACUCCCGUGGACCUCCUCCUCCAUAUGACCGCGAAAGGGGUUACGACCGGUAUGAUGUAAAAAGAGAUCGUGCUGCGCCUUAUGAUAGACCCCGUGGAACCAAUUACCACCGCGAUGUCCCUGAUGAAUAUCCUCGUUACCGUGAUGAACCUCCCAGAUACCGCGAUGAGCCACCUAGGUACAGAGAAGGUGCCCCAAGGUACCGUGACGCACCUCCUAGGUAUAGAGAUGAACCUCCCAGAUACCGCGAUGACCCGCCUAGAUAUAGGGACGAGCCUGAGAAAUAUCGUGAUGACCCUGGAAGGUACAGGGAUGAACCGGCUAGAUAUAGGGAUGAGCCACCUAGGUACAGAGACGAACCUCCCAGGUACCGUGAGGGUAACAGGUAUCGUGACAAUAACGCCGGUGCAAGGAGUGGCCCUGUGCGCCGUUAUGAUGAUAGACCCUCUAACGCUGAAACCCCAAAGUCAAAGGUCUUCGUUGGCAACCUCGACGGUAAAGUCAGCGAGGAGGACUUGACUAAUGCUUUUAGCAAGUUUGGUCCUAUUAAUAAGAUUGAUUACAGGAGGAAUUUUGCUUUUGUAGAUUUCGUCAAAUCCAGGGAUGCAGAGGUUGCUAUGCGGGAAAUGAAUGAGCGUGUUCUGCUUGGCACUAAAUUGAAGGUAGUUCCACAUUCUGAACGUAGCAAGCGUAGUGAGACUAACAGAGAGCCGGACUUUGCAUCUCAGGCCACGGUGCUUAAUUUGGACAACAGUGCAAGUUGGCAAGACCUUAAGGAUUUUGCGCGCCAGGCAGGAGAAGUUGUUUACGCUUCAGUGAUUAUUAGGGACCAGAAACGCUAUGGUUUGGUUGAAUUCACGAGUCCCAAAACAAUGAAAGCGGCGGUGGAGCAGCUUAAUGGUAAGAAGAUUGCUGUAAAUGAACUUCAGGUGAUUCCCAUGGCUGUGAAUGAUUACCUGAAGGAUCAGGCGAAGCACUCUAAUAACGCUGACAGAACUGCGGCCGACCAACAAUUGGACGAACGUGAGGACGACUAUGAGGAAAAGAACGAAUCUGCUUAUCAAGAUGAGCAGUUAGAUUCUGUCGAUUACGAUUGAACAACACUGUUGUUGUCAUAUGUAGGUGCUGCGGUAAAUCGCGGUUUUUGUGAAAACGUAAACUUAUUAGUUGCUGCAUUUCUAUAAUGUGGUCCAUCCUGUGGAACAAAUUUGAUUAAUAUACAUGUGAGAGGGGAGUACGCUGCUUGUUGAACCUGGGAGGCACAGCAGGAUUCUCGUGGCAAUCUGAGAGGUAACUGGUGAAAUACACGUUUCCUCUGCUAACGACUAGCAAAGAUUUAAUUAUGAAUGGCGUUGAAUGGCGCACGUUUUUUUGUCGUGGAACCUGUAGCUAUCAUUGACGAUACUCCAAUUUUCCUCUAUUAA